AUGGCCGACGCCCCAGUCCUCGACCUGGAGAAAUACCCAAACGCACGGGCCUUCGUGGCAAAGUGUCACGAAUUCUUCAAAGAGGUCAAGAACUUAACGCCCGGCCACGAACUCGAAGCCCGCCUCAACGCCACCCACGGCCCCGGCACGCCCUACUACGACGCCUUCCGCUCGUUUAUCCUCGCCGGGCUGAAAGAAGGCUGGGUCGCGCAGACUGAACUCGACGGCCCACGGUACCGACGCGGUCGCAUCGCGGCCCCGACGCCCGAGAGCAACUUCAUCUCCAUCACUACCGUGUACAUGUCGUCCGAGGGUGAGGGCGACGACGCGUCCGCCAUCGCCACCGCCGGGGACGAAGAAUACCGCGGCCAGUACCACGCCCAUCCGUACGGCGAGAUCAACUGCGUGAUAUUGCUCGACGAGAACAGCAAGGCCCAGUUGAAGGGCAUGCAGGGGUGGCAGGGCGCCGGGUGGACGAGCCCGGGCCCUGGGACUCACCAUUAUCCCGAGGUUCGGAAUGGGGAGCUCGUGGCCUUGUUCUUCCUCCCGGCUGGGCGGAUCAGUUACGAGGCCACUCCGGGCAUGGCGCAGCCGGCGUCGUUGUGA